CAAAAGAUGUAUGCAUAUUGCGAGGCACCAAGUAAAAAAAUUCACGUGGAGUUUGGAGAAGUGCAUACGGGCGCUGUAGCUGUAAAAUGGAUAGAGAUAGUUAACGAGAAUUGCAUAGAACAGAUAUACGAGGCCCGAAGGGACGCUAUUACUAAUCCCUUGGAUCAUGUAUUCGAAUUAAGCAGCUAUUCGUGGACCUUGUCUCCCGGCAAAGUAUACAAAUGCAAAAUAUGUUACCGGCCGUUCGUGCCAUUCUCUGUAAACACAGAUUAUUUCAUGAUCGUGGAUUCCAGUCAUAAUCAAAUGGAAAUUAAAGUUUGUGGCACAUGUAUUGGUCCAGUGAUGUCAGUUUCGACGACAAGAUUAGUCAUGAUGUGCACGAACGGGAACACUGAGGCGAAGAAGCGCAUUAGGCUCGUUAACAAUUCCGAAGUCAUUACGGCUUUCAUGUUCGACAUCGAUCAAGUUCAAAGGUCAUUCACGGUAGACAUGACACACGGAUAUGUCGGAUCGCGUUCUCGCACGUAUGUGACGAUCACUUUUGCGCCUCGGCAAAUCGGAAUCUAUACAUGCCGCCUGCCGUGCUUAAUUUUGCAUCAUAAACCGAUUAUCGUGGAGCUGUACGGCUAUUGCGGCGCGGUAUUACGUAAAGCAAACGUCCAAGAACACUUUAAUUAUCCGGCGAGAUCAAAGAAUGGCUUCGAGGGAUACAUGAACGAUAUUGUCGUCGCCGCGCAAGAUCAACCUGCGGUUUCUUUGUCGAAGAACUACAUUGAUUUCGGUCAAGCCGGCACGAGAGUGAAGAACGACGCGCUAAGGAUUCCAGAAACCUUUUGUCUCACUAAUCACAGUCGAUCCGACGUAUUAAUAAAAUGGGACCGAGACGUUGAGAACACUUUCCACAUAACACCCGAAACCGUGGGAGUACCGGCAAGCCAAACAGUUCUAUUCGAAGUUGUAUUCGAUCCCAACGGAAGAAGUAGUAAUUUAUUCACAUCAGAGCUCGUCGGUUACGUUCAGCCGAUGCAGCGGGAAGGUAAUUGUCACAAAGAAACGCUUACAUUCCCUGCGAUGACGUCCAUACGAUUAAUUGGUCAUUCUUUCCCCGUUUGCUCCGAUGGUUGGAUACCUCAGUACGAAAUACCGCACAUAAUAAAAAUGCCUCCUUGUGUGCCGUCGUUUCCGGUUUACACCACAUUCGCGAUCAAACGAUUCGGACAUUUGCCGUUGAUGUAUCGCUUUGUGCCGCCGGAAUCGAGCCGCUUCGUCGUGAAACCGAUGAUGGGGAUAAUUUAUCAAGAUUAUCAAGUCGUCGUGGUCGGGAUGUUACCCGAAAGCGAUAAUAGGCGCGUCUACGUCGAGCGUUGGGCGAUACGUUUCAAUGGAAACGCCAAAUCGGAGUGCUUCAUCGAUUUUCGAGGGCUCGCGGAACACGCCGAAGUCACUCUCGGCGAUCAGAACGUCCUGAGACUCACGCCGUGUUUCCUCGGCUGCCGAUUGCCGCAGCAAUUCCUCAUGCGAAAUAUCACUCUUUUUGUAAUAUUGUGUCUCAGAUAUGAUAAUACUAAAGUAUAUUCAGAUAUUCAGUGUCAGUAUUUCAAAUCUAUAUAUAGGAAACGUGACACAAAUUGUAUAUUCGUAAUACUGGCAGUGAAUAUCGGAACGUACUUUAGCGUUACCGUAUCUGGAAGACGAUAUGAAUUUGUUAAUACGAAAACGGAGCUCCAAAUUCCAAAUGCAAGUGGGGAGAUUCGCUCGAACGAUACUCUCACUCACGAGUGGGAAUUUUGUCCCACGAUAACCGGGGACUACGAUUUCGACGUAAACUGCAUUUUAACUGUGCUGAAGGAUGAAAUUCCUGUCGGUGCGAGCGUUUCCGUAGCGUUGCGUGUGAUAGGAAGAUGCGAAGUCGGUUUUCUCGAGUCGGUGCCUAAAGAAUUGAAUUUCGGAAUUCUGGCGUACAAAGCUACGAAGAAACUGAGCUUUCUCGUGUUUAACUCGAGUCCCGUGAUAAUCUUUUACAAGAUGACGUGUAAUCAUUGCAACUGGCCGAUCGGGAACGUGGAACAGGAUGUAAAAAUACAUCCAUCUGCGGGUGCUGUUCUCGCUGGACAAAGUGAAACCAUCACCGCUUCUAUCACACCCACUACUCCUGGCUAUUAUGAGCUGUUCGUUCAAUACUUCGUGAGGAUAAAUCUUCGCACAAACACGUUAAUUCCAAAUCAAACGCCGAGGAAUAUCUGUAAACUGCGCUGUUUGUGCGUACUACCCACUUUAAAGGUAAAGGAUCUACAGUGUUACGGGGUGUGUCCGGUUACGAGCAAAGUCUUUCUUUGGAAGUUGAUGAAGAUAAAUUUGUUCAACAAGUUACUCGAACACUUACAACCUGGAACUUCGGAGACGCUGCACAUGAACUUUCCGGCGAUGAUUUUUCAGGAGAGUCCCGUCACUGUAAAAUUGCUUCUGACGAACGCUAACGCGGUGACCGCCUCUUGGAGUCUCAAAAGAGUGCAGUUGUGCUCUUGUCGACCCGUCGUGAAAGCCCAAGCACUCUCGAUUCAGCGUGCACAGUACGAUUGUUGGCACAGGAAAGUGUGCUCUAUGCAGCCGAAAAUGGGAAAUUUUCAACCAGGAGACGACGCCUGGAUAAGUCUAGAAUUGCGUUACGUACUGCUAGGCAAAACCGAGGCAAAGUGGGACAUGGAUCUCGGAAAUGACCGUCAUAUUUUCCUGAUCAUGGCGAUCAAAGGUUUAUCUGGAACUGCGAAUACGCUUCAUAUUCUGAACGGCACGCGUUUCAAAUUCCAACACGUCUAUUUUGGCGACAAGGACCCGAUUUAUCAGGUGUGUUGGCUGUACAACGGCACGAACCGCAAUGUCCCGUUCUCUGUGGAUCGUAAUACAACGCGCGAGAUAAAUCGAAGAUAUUGUCAUGAGCUCUUUUUCUGUGCGACUCCUCACGGAAUUGCGAGUCCGCAAUCUGCCGUCCCGAUCCUUCUGAAAUUUCAGCCGCGACGAUUCGGCGUUUUUGAGGGAAAAUUGUCUUUGAUUUUGGGCGACGAAAAAGAAGAACUGACGUUAGAAGGCGAAUCUUUCUUGCCGCAUAAAUCGGCGACGGUCGGUGAAUACGUGCCUCCGUACGUUUCGUAUAGCUCUUCCAAUUAUAGCUCCGGAAUUUCCGAUAUUCCUAUCUACUUCAGUACUUACUGCAUAGACAUAUCGUACAUAGCUACGCACAGUCACGUAGUGAAGAUGGUCAUGCUGCACAGUAAUUUGGACCAUGACGUACUCGCUUACGAAUGGAAGAGAUAUGAGAUUCCUGAAAUUAUUUGCGUGGAGGUUUGUCCACGUAGAGGUUUAAUACAACCGAUGGCGACCCAAACUUUUUACGCAACCAUAUGUACCGGAGGAUAUCCUUGCAUUAUCGAUGUUAACGUACUUUGCGAAUUUGUCAACACCAGUCAAAGACGGGACUACCAGAGGAGCAUCUACAAGCAUGCCGAUUUAUCUCAGGAAUUGGAGGGACAAUUUACUCUCACGGAGAAAGGCAUCAGUGUUCCGAAAUCAACUAUAGGAAUCCUGGAGAAACCCCAGUCGUUUUAUAAAGCCAUGACGGUCCGUUGUUCUAUACACAGUUUAGAAGACAAAUUUUUGAAAGUUGAUCUAAUAGAAGAGUUAAAAAGCGCACCACCGUAUACAAUAUACAUCGAGGAAAAUCAAAAACAGGAGACAACGUUCAGAGAGGGAGAUAUUAGUCGAGCUUCGUUUAUUUUAGAGGGAUUACUAUGGGAAAUAGUCAAUAGCAAACUAUUCAAAAGUCUGAUAAAAGACGUCCUGCAGAAUCAACCAAAUUUAUUUUACUCACAAUUCACAAUGAAUUUGCACGAAAGAAAAAGUUUGAUACGGAGAUCGUACAUAUCGCCGCCGCGAGCGUUAAUCAACCGUUUAUUAGAAGAAAUGCUGUUUGUCAUAGUGCACGAAGAAUUUGCAUUGGAGACCACUCAUUUAAUUCAGCAUAUGGAUAUCAGACAUACAAGUUAUCUGAGCAUAGUGUCCGGCAUGAAUAGGAAAAAAGCCAUACACAGAGAGACACGUCUGUUGCAUCAUGACAGAGAGUAUUCCGUUGCAAUACCGAAAUCAUCGGUAGCGAGAAUAUCCUUCUAUGAUAAGUCAAUUGUGUAUUAACGUGUAUGUACAGCUAUAUAUAAUUGCUGUUAUAACUGUUAGCUGCUCGUCGCG